UCACUCUGCUUGUUUUCCCCGUUGCAGAUUUGCUCGGUCUAGCUAGCCAGAGAGGUGGGGGGAGGAGAGAGCCUUUUCCGUCGGCCGACAAUCCAGGAAGGAAGAGGAGAGGACAACGAGGACGGAAAUAACAUGCGCGGGGAGGAGGAGGGGGUGUCCAAAAAGGAAACUCUACCCCUUUAAGAGCAAGUGGGACAUAGCGGUGCGAGAAAAAGGAGAGGAGGGGGAGAAGAAAGAGGAAUUAAAAAAGAAAAGGAAGAAAGAGACAGGGAGGGCGGAGGGAGAGCGGGCGAUAAAAAAAGAAAGAUGACAUCCUCGCAGCUGAACGGCCGAGGUGGAGCGGUAGGCUGCGGCCCGGCGAGAGCGCCGCUCGCCGGGGUCAGGGCUUGAAUCCAGCAGCGAGGCUUCGACAGACACCCGACCGGCCUACCGCGGCUUCGGAAAUCGGAAAAAAAUAGACUCAUAAAUCAGAAAAAAAAGCAAAGCAUGACCUGCUGUUUUGACAGAUAUUACAACUCAUAUUCGUCCUCUUGCGUGAAAAACAGCAUUUAUUUCACUGUUUUGUGCGCGGCGCUAAAGAGUAAAACUGCAACGGCUCGGUUAUCAGUAUUAUUACUAUUUUUGGUUGUUUUAAGGCAACUCCUGUGGGCUGAUUUCUGCGUGUUUAUCGAGGUUUGGGGUCAUUUUUGUGUUUGUUAACUAUUAAAGUUUAAAACAGGAGGCAAGCAGGCCGUUACUGGACUGGGCCUGCUCCACCUCUGCAGCCUGCGUUAGUCCCAACAGCUGCGUGCGUCUCAACCCACAGCUCUACCUCAAUGAGAAAACCAGAUUUCAGCACACGGCUUUGGCUUUGUUCGCGCUUUACGACAGAACCGGGGAGCCCAUCGCUCCCGCUGCGGGCCGGGCCUCCGUCCGCGUCCCGAUCGCCACCGGAGGGGCCGAUCCGAGCCAUGCAAAGGCGGCUCCCCACGACCUCAACCUCAACCAAGAGCUGACUUCAUAAUCUCCACCGCUGUCUGGCGCAAAAUGGAUACCGCUUGGAGCAAUUUUCUCUUCCAGAGUACUCCCACCCAAAACCAAGUGGAGGGGAGCCUCCAAUCAGAGCUCAUGCAAGUGCAUACGAGUUCUCCCCAGACCCCACCCACAGAGCACAUAGCGCAGCCUCCUUCCACUGUGGACACCACGGCUCUGAGUGAGGAACCCCUGCCUGAGCCGGUGAAGCCAGCGCCUCGGCCGGCUCGCGUGCAACACAUCUGUGCCAUCUGCAACAAGCAGUUCAAGAACAACUACAACCUGCGGCGGCACCAGUCGGUCCACACUGGGGUACGCAUGAAGGACAGGGCCAGAGUGCAGGCGGAGGGAGCAAAGGAGGGAGCCGCCGGCCAGGUGGUGGCGGCGGCAGCGGCCCCGCCGGCCAUGGCGGUGGGGGCCGGAGGGAGGGCGGAGAGGCCCACUGUUCCCCUCUCCCUGCUGCACCUCUCCGUGCCUCCCCCUCUCGCCCCUCCCGGCGUGCUGGCGGGCGUCCAGCAGCCUCCCCUGGGCGGUCAGGAUGGCGAAGGGGUUGCCAUGCCAAACGUCAUGGCUACUGUUAACCCUCAUGCUCCGCCUCCUGCUGCUGUCGUCAUGGCCACAGGGGCGACAGUACAGCGGCCCGCCAAUCCCAACCCCAACCCCGUGAAGAAGAACCACGCCUGCGAGACGUGCGGGAAGGCCUUCCGGGACGUCUAUCACCUCAACCGGCACCGGCUGUCCCACUCGGACGAGAAGCCCUUCUCCUGCCCCAUCUGCCAGCAGCGCUUCAAGAGGAAGGACCGCAUGAGCCACCAUGUGCGCUCCCACCAGGGCGGCGUGGAGAAACCCUACAUCUGCCCUCACUGCGGCAAGGCUUUCUCCAGGCCUGACCAUCUCAACAGUCACGUCAGGCAGGUGCACUCCUCAGAAAGACCCUUCAAGUGUCCGACCUGUGAGUCGUGUUUUGCCACCAAGGAUCGCCUGCGAGCCCACAUGAUCCGCCACGAGGAGAAAGUGCCGUGCCACAUCUGCGGGAAGCUCCUGUCCGCCGCGUACAUCACCGAUCACAUGAGGGUGCACAACCAGUCGCAGCACCACGUCUGCCACCUCUGUAACCGCAGCUUCACCACGCUGACGUAUCUCCGCGUCCACGCCCAGAAGCACCACGGCCAGGAGUGGAAGGAGAGCCCCGGCGGCUUCGGCGGCACGGCUUCGGGCGGCGUCCUCGUCUGCCACCUGUGCGGCGUCCAGUGUAAGACACCUACCCAGCUCCAGGGCCACAUGGGAACCCACAGCACCAGCCAGGCCGCACCGACCCCCGUCACCUCCAACCUGGCCGCCAGCAGCUCCGUCUCCCUUAGCAACAUGGUGACGGCGGCGCCCACCGUGUACGUCACCGGGAACACGGUGGUGGACCUGCUCGUCACGGACUGCUCUAGCAUCGCCGCGCCGCAGUCCCACAGUUAGCAGGAUUGGUCUGAAGCGAGUCCCAGGACGGUUACUUGUUGAUUCUGAUCCGGUUUAAUGUUUUAUUUUCCGUUUUUAUUCAAAUAGGUAUGUCUGCAGAAGAAGUUGGCGUUUCCAAAGAAUGACGUUUCACAAGAGCCACACCUGAUUAGACAAGCAAAAAAUAAGGACCACGCCUGAUUGGAUGAACAAAAUCAAGCCAAAAAUGAUUGGUCACGCAUGUCAAAGUAGCCGUUUUUCAAGAACCAAGACGAAAUUAACGCCCGUCAUUCGACAUUUUUAUUAAAAUCGUUAGCUAACUUGUCCCGUAUCGGAUUGUCAUUUAUUUAGUCAGUUUCACGACCUUGCUGUUGUAACCGAGGUAGAAGACUUAUUAAGCACUUACAUGGUGAUGGUGUUAGCCGGUCGGACAUUAGCGGCGUCUCCAUAACUUCUCCUCCAGCCUUCUUUUACCUGUGAACCUCCGGUUACAUUUCAAAAUAAAAGCAUCAACAUAAAUCACGUUUUAAUAACAAAACGACUUUGAUUUUUUUUAAAGAGAUAUCAGUUAGGAGGGCUAAAUGUUGACUAAAUGCAAAAUUUGCCUUUACAUUAAAAAUCUAAAUAGUUUUUGUUACUGAAAUAAUGUGAAACUGACAUAAGUAGCUAAAAACAAAUAAAUAAAAAUAAAAUUAUCAUUCAAAAAAUAAUGUUACUUAAACUGGCCUUGAGACCUUCUUCACCUUCUUAUCUUCUUGUUCAACUUUUAAAGCAGUCACCACAGAUGAAUUAUUUCAGCAUGGAUCUGAAAGACUUCUGUUACUGGACCAAGCCAAUCAGUGUUUGCUCUGUAGAAACACCUAUUUCUUUAGAAACGCCUGCUUUGAGUCUGCAGAGAAUCCCCCCUCUCUUUUUAUUAGCACUUAAGGGUUAGAGGUGAAAUCUUUGAGAGAAAAAACAUCUAAAAAGUUUUGCUGCAGAGCUGGAGCAUCAAAGAAGACAUCUUGGAUGCAGCUGCAGCACGUUCACCGACACUAAUGACAAACAUGGAUUUGCUGUCCAAAUAUUUCUGAAUGAAGACUCUAAUGAAAGCGUGGUUCUCCCUCUCCACCCUUAAACCCCCUUCUUUUUUUGGCAUUGGCUGCUGUCUACUGUACCAAGUACUGUAAAUCUCACACCAGCUCUGAUCUUACCUCCAUGUUAGCAACUACCGAGAAUACUGAAAAUCCAAAACGGUUUGUGUCGAGACGUUUCGGUGGGGAGGAAACAAGAGAAACGUUAGAAAGGAAGUUGUGCGUUUGCGUGUGUGUAAGUUUGAGCUCCUCUCGCAUGUUUGUAGUUUUAUUUCACAAGAUGGAGAUGAAAAUUAGGUUUUAACGUUAGCUAAAUGUCUUUUGUGGAGGUUAUCAGGAAAGAAGAUUCAUCUGCAGGGGAUGAGUCUUCUGUUUCCUAAAGGUACAGAAAUAAUAAAAAAAAUAUAUAGUUGUUAUUCAGGAGCAUCAAGCACCUUAAAGCUGUCGGACUCGGUAAGGACGGAGGUUUGAGUUUUCUCGGAUUGUUUUGCUCUGAGUCUUCCUCUCUGGGUCUGGCCUUCACAGGAAAAAAAAACAAACUGCUAAUCAGCACUACGGCUUCUGAACUACCUUUU